AUGCCGUCGUUAUCACUCCUCAGACGAGGAUCCAAGGCACACGACCAGCGGCCGUUAUCCCCUUCGAAGCGCCAGCCACGACAACAACAAGAAGCCCGACCACCGCUUUCGCCGCCACAGGAGAAUGGAAGGGAGGCGCCGGCGGGCGGCUUGGGGAUCGGAACGGGCGAGGCGGAGCGGGAGCGCAAGUUCUCCAAACGGGAUCUUUUUGGAGGGCUGUUGAGUCGCAGCAAAGGCCGGAGUGUCAGCAGCAGCGCAUCGACGCCGGCUUCGUCAACAAAGUCUGGACGGGGUCCCGGUGCCGAGUCACCGACGAAGUUGCCCUCUGUCUUCUCAGGCAAGGUCCGGGAGACGAGGUGCUUCGAGUCCACCUAG